AUGGAGAAAAUGAUAAAGCAUCAAGAGAUGACAAUAAAGAACCAGGAGGCUUCCAUGAAGAAUAUGGAAAGGCAGAUUGGACAGCUCUCCAAACAAAUUGCUAUUGAGAGACCUUUGAGCUCACUCCCAAGUGACACCAUUCGUAAUCCAAAAGAGGAAUGCAAAGCUAUACAACUAAGGAGUAAAAAAAUCUUGGUGAAAAAUGAAGAAGCAACCAAGAAGCCAAAGGAAGAUGACAAGAAACAGGGUGAAAAAGAGGAAGCCAAUGAUAAGGAUGUAACAGCAAGCAAGCAAACUUCAAAGCAAGCCCAAGAAAAGGAGGAACAGCUAAAAAUUUCAAGAAAAGGGAAGGAAGCAAUUGAAGAACCAACUAAGGAUCACAGGCAGGGAAAAGGACUCCCCCCUAAACUUGAAGAUCCUGGAAGUUUCUUUCUACCUUGUGCCAUUGGCAAUAUGACCAUCAACAAGGCAAUGUGUGACUUAGGGGCCAGUAUCAAUCUAAUGUCUUCCUCACUGGUGAAAAAGCUAUGCAUAGAAGAAGUAAAACCAGUACAGAUGUCUCUAGAAUUGGUGGACAAGUCAGUGAUAUGUCCCAGGGGUGUGAUUGAGAAUCUUCUAGUAAAGGUGGACAAAUUCAUCUUCCCUGCAGAUUUUGUGGUCUUAGAUUCAGAUGAGGAUGAAGGUGAUUCCAUUAUACUGGGGAGACCAUUCUUGGCCACUGCAAGGGCCAUUAUAGACGUAGAGCAAGGAGAGUUGACCCUCAGAAUGUAUGAUAAAAGCGUCACCCUGAAUGUAUUUCCAGAGAUACAGCUCAUAGAUGAAAAGAAAGACUGCAUGGAAACUGACAAGAAAAACUUGCAGUGGAAGGAAGAAAUUAACAAGACGAUCAGCAGCUACCUUCCAAAGCAAGAAGUAGACAAUGGCAGCAUGGCAAAAAGAGAAAGAAACUAUGCAGAAUAA